ACAUUCAGGAAAUUGUGAGACAGACGUGAGGAGGAGAAGAACAAGAAGGGGGGACCCGGACGACGCUGAAGGGCCACAGCCUCCCGGAGCCCAGACCCCGCCACAGAAGAUGGACUACACCGUGUAAUAGGACCGCGCUCCCCGGGAGAAGAGCACGAUGCAGGCCGGGAUAUUCAAGGUGUGCCUGGUGGUGGUGACCGCAAUUGUCAACCAUCCGCUCCUCUUCCCAAAUAACUACACCUCCAUUCCUGCUAAUGACGACCUUAUUAUGGAGAAAUUACGGGAGAGAGAAGAAAACUUGAAAAAACAGCAGCUGGAACUUGAGCAACUUUUAUCCCGUCAGGAGGAACCAGCAGAAGAUGACAAGACCGAAAGCCAGGAGUCAAAAGGUGGAUCAGGGUGGGACUUCUGGAGUACAGUGUCUAUGGUCAUAUUCCUGAUGAUUGAAGUGUGGAGACAAGACUUUAAGGACAACAACUCCCAUGAGCAAAGCAAAGAGGAGGAUGAUCUGCUGUUCCUAGGAAACAACUGUCAUGGUGUGUCUCUUCCCAACAAGCCAAUGCUGACCAUCUUUCAUGACCAGUACAUCAGAGCAAGCACCCACGAUGCUGUGAGAAGCAGAGAGUUUGUGGAAGGAUUUGCAGAUGACCUCCUGGAGGCAUUGAAAAGCGUCUGCAACCGGGAUGCCGACAUGGAGGUUGAUGACAGCAUCUGCAUUGGGAGUAUGUAUGAAAACUGGAGGGUGAACCGGCCAUUGAUAUGUGACCUACUGGUACCAUUUGCACCUCCAGAACCAUAUCACUUCAGGUGCCAGCCAUGGGUCUGUGAUCCAUCCAUUGGUCCAGACAAACAAAGUUAUGGAACAAUUCUAGUCUGCGGCCCAGACGAUGAAUCUUGCGGCUGUGUGUGUGACAAGAAGAGACUUGGAGAAGAAAUGUUAUGUCUUCUUCACAAUCCAACCAACAGUAAAAAAGUCAGUAAGGAUUUCAACUUGCUCUGUUCCAGAAACACCAACUACCUGGACAUUGACCAGGUGAUGAAAUGGUUCCAAACAGCCGUGACUAAAGCAUGGAGCAAGAUUUCACGCAAGUAUGAGUUUGAGCUCACCUUCAGUCACUUGGACUCUCCUGGAGCUUUGAGAGUCAAAUUCAAGUCUGGAAAAGUCAUCAGCUUCAACAUCACUCCUGUGGUUCAGUAUGAGGACACAGACCUGUAUUUUAUUUCCCAUUUUCCAAGCACACCUCGUGAAGUCUCCUCCAGUAUCUAUUGGAUGUUGUCCUUCUCGGUCUAUGAGAGAAGGUUCCUCAAGGACUUUGCAAAAAACCUUCCUGGCAAUUCGUGCCACCUCAGCUGCCUACAAAUAAUUACUUUUCUCCACUCCAAGCAGUGUCACAUAACUGGGCCAAGCGGUCUCACCACGUACCAUCUAAAGACAGUCCUUAUGCAUCUGCUUCUUAGUAGGCCCUAUUCAGAUUGGGACAGUGUCUUGCUAGAGGAGCGGUUACGAGACAUGUUCAAGAGCUUGGAGAAAGGUCUCCUGGAGAAGAAACUCUACCAUUUCAUGGUUGGAAAUGGCAAACUUCCAGACACCGUGAAACUCCCCCAACACUUUCGAGUUUCAGAACCUGUUAAUCUCUUCAGGUUCUUUGUCCUAAACAGAGACCUUUAUCAGAAGACUUUAUCCAUGUUCUAUGAGAUGCUGAAGAAUGCGACUGUUGUUAUCAAUGAAUACAGCUUACACCUGCCCAAUGGGACCACCAACAAGUCUUCUCAUUGACCAGAUUUCCAGCCUUUAACCACAACAGUGUUUUGUGACUCCACUUAAGACACCUUAAGAGUUCAAUGACUAUUUUAUAAUAAAGAAUUCAGUUUUUACAAUUAAACCAUGCCCACCACGUCAACGCCGAGCUGCCAUUGGCUACCAUAGUUAUUUUAGAAGCCCUCGUUAUUGCGGAGACCUGAUACAUUUAUUUCCCUUAUAGGUGCCAAAUAUUGAACUGUUUUACGUAUUCAUAUUCCAUCCACAGCUAUGUACAAGAAGGUUACAGAUAGAUCCGAGAUUUUGAAUUGAUGUCCAU